CCCGGCCGCGCCACCCACCUCCCCGGCGCCGCGCACUGCAUGGUUUGGACCGCGCAUAAAAGGCUCCCUGGUCCCCGAGGUGCCCCGGGCUCAGCUCGGAUCUCCUCGGUCUGGUGCAUUGGCUCUCCCGCGUGUCCGGCUCUCGCUCACCGCAGGCAUGGCCUCCGGCAACGCGCACAUUGGAAAGCCCGCCCCUGACUUCACGGCCACGGCGGUGGUGGACGGAGCCUUCAAGGAAGUCAAGCUUUCGGACUAUAGAGGGAAGUACGUGGUCCUCUUCUUUUAUCCACUGGACUUCACUUUUGUGUGCCCCACGGAGAUCAUUGCUUUCAGCAACCGUGCAGAGGACUUCCGAAAGCUGGGCUGCGAGGUGCUGGGCGUGUCCGUGGAUUCUCAGUUCACCCACCUGGCGUGGAUCAACACUCCCCGGAAGGAGGGGGGCUUGGGCCCCCUCAACAUCCCCCUGCUUGCUGAUGUGACCAGAAGUUUGUCCAGUAGUUAUGGCGUGUUGAAAAACGAUGAAGGCAUCGCCUACAGGGGCCUCUUUAUCAUCGAUGCCAAGGGUGUCCUUCGACAGAUCACGGUCAAUGACUUGCCCGUAGGGCGCUCUGUGGAUGAGGCUCUGCGCUUAGUCCAGGCCUUCCAGUACACAGAUGAGCAUGGGGAAGUCUGUCCCGCUGGCUGGAAGCCUGGGAGUGACACCAUCAAGCCCAAUGUGGAUGACAGCAAGGAAUACUUCUCCAAACACAAUUAGGCCGUGACCAGCGGUGAACUUGGGUCGUUGGAUCCCACCUGCGCCCACACCUGGGUGUCCUCGCUGACCCACAAAAGGCUAGACCUGCUUCGCUAAGCUCUGUAGUCGGCUGUGGUCUGGGGGAGGGCUGGAACCUGGGCCAAGGUGUUCUCAUUCCCCACCUGGGAUCUGGUGACUAGUGACACCCCGCCUCCAUUUCUGAGUCUACCCAGGUAGGCACAGGCCUACAGGUAACCAAUAAAAGUAUUAGGGACUGG